AUGCAGAACUCUAUUGACGAGGUCACCAAGGCCGAGCAAGAGCGUUCGAAAAAGGCGCUUGCCGUAAAGCAGGCCAUCAUUGAGCAACUUGAGCAGAAUCUUGAUGAGUUGACCCAGGUGCGUACUAUUUUCUCCCUUAUUUUUCGACUCUCAUUGCCCGGUAUAUAUAUACAGUACCUGUGCUAACUCAUGAAAUGUCACGAAUUAACACAGGUUAACGCCUUUAACGCAAACAGAUUAAUAAGGUUACACAAAGAAUUUCCAUCCGAAAGCUUUAAUAGCGUAGGAAACUGCUUGAAUAUCAGGAAUCCUCCGAUUUCGCCUUAAUCCGGCCCGUUUUCUAUUUAAUAUACAGAUCCGUAUCAAACUUUCCUUCAGAAAACGGUCUUUUCGUCCUUAUUUCAACCAAAUAAACACAAAUAACGACACCAAAAAUACACUACAUUGUCCACUAUAAUUUUGACCUCGGCAUUUCAUGAGUUAGCACAGGUACUGUAUAUAUAUAAUGGUACGGGGCUCACGCAUCGUGUUACGGAACCCACUCGCCCCGUUAUGUUUUGGGACUCCCUCUCGAGCCUAACCAGCAGCCGCACGGCGGCUCGUAAUAUAGUCAUAGUGACGUUACCGACAAAGACAGGGAGAGUGGAAUGGACAUUUCUGGCUUAUUAGCCACCGUCGGCCAGUCAUACUCAAUCCGAAGGCGCGGAAGACCUAAAGCUCGGUCGCGCGACCUGCUGGUUAAAAUUCUAACGCCCCUAACCACUGAGCCAUGGACCGUUUGUCUUGUCGAUGUGCGCUUCUUCUACCAUUGCUAAUAUACCCGAUCGCAACCGACAGGAUAAUGAGCCCAUAGCUCGGUGAUUAGAGGCGUUGGACUUCUAACUAACAGGUCGCGGGAUCGAGCCCCAGGCGUUGCACACCUCGAGGUUGGGCAUGACUGGCUGACGAUGGUUAAUAAGCUAGAAGUGGCCAUUCCAGUCUCCCUUGUCUUUGUCGGUAAUAUCAUUCUGCCUAUAUAAUGCGCCGCUGUGCGGCUGCUGGCGGGGCUAGAGAGCCCCAAGGCACAACGGGACGAGUGAGUUCCGUAACGCGAUCGCUGAGCACCCCUCUACCAUCAUAUAUGCAUAUACAUAUGUGCGGACCAAAAAAUCCGAAGCAUCCGUAAGGAAUUCGGAUGGGUGAUUUGUUCCGUCUCGUGGCAACUGCUUGAGCAUUCACAAUUCUCACUUUCUUUGAGAAAAUCGUCCUUGUUUUUAGACCAAUACUGGCUACGAUUUGUUUGCUCAUGCAGCGCUAGUAGCACUUUAAUAGCAAGACAUCUGUUGGUGGCCAGCGCCUGACUGAGACGAGGGUGGACAGAUUAAGUCUCAGGAGCACUUGUAGAUUUCCUAGGAUUGGCGCGCGAAUUAGCGGACGUGGAAGUCCCAGGAUGUACCUCAGAGAAGUCGGGAGCCAUCCCUGGAACAAACGGGAGGAUUAAUCUCAAGGUGGUCUAUCUGGCCGUUAGUUUAUAUAAAAACCUAAAAUAGACUAGUCCCGGUGCAUAAGAUACUCUGGACACUCCCUUACCACUAUCUUUCCAACAAAAUCACCUACUACUAGGAAAUGAAUUUCCUCACCACAAUCCAGCCUCCCUGUUAGCCAUCAGUUGGUCAGCCAAUGCAAGUAACUACCACAUGCCGCCUUAUCCGCCGAGAAAAGUGGAUAUUUAAGCACUGUUGUUUUAUCGCGCUUAAAAUAGAAACGUUUGUGCAAGUUGGCUGCAACAUGCCAUCUCACGUGUGGCAAAGCCAGCACUUUAGUACUACUCGUAAUUGUUUAAGUUCCGUAAAUAUUCCCAUGUUACAAUUGAAAAGUCAAGAUGGCGAACGCACGUUUUCGGUAAUUCUUCCUCAGGCCAAUACAAUUACAUGAACGAAUGAAAAUGUACAAAAUCAACAGUGUUUAUAGAUGCCUCAAGGGCUAUUAAGUCACUAACACUCAUCAUCCCCACGCCGCCCGCAUGAGAAGGUCGGCGGGUGUUAGUCGUCAGAGCUAGGGGAGGGGGGGUAAGAAAGUCUUUGAGUAAUGAUCUUGGGUUGAGUACACGGAGUACCCAUCAUCGUGAUUAGGGAUUUGAGGCGCCAUGGCUUCAUCACUUGGGGUUGGCGUUGGCCACGGCAGCGAAAGCGCUUGUAUCAGAGUUUUCUGACAGCAUAACACCGGAUUCACUAACCGUAUAGCUACUGCCUCGGCCGUUGCUAGUGCCCGUUGGCGUAGGCCUUUUGAGAAACAUGUUGGUGUCCGGUAGACAACCUGAAAUGCUUUCUUGAGGCAUCUAUAAACACUGUUGAUUUUGUACAUUUUCAUUCGUUCAUGUAAUUGUAUUGGCAUGAGGAAGAAUUACCGAAAACGUGCGUUCGCCAUCUUGACUUUUCAUAAUUGUUUGUUGAACACCCUUCUGAGGGCAUCGUCAGUACAAAUGAAAAGUCUUUAUUGAAACAUAUCAGAACGAAUGAGUACGUACGGCGACCACUUUGGACUUAUGAGUGUGAGAUUCUAAGAUGAGCAAAUGGUAAAAUAAUCUUCACCGAGAAAGAUAUAAAAUACGGUAGAUGUACUAACUCAUGAAAUGUUAACCGAAAUCCUGAAAUGUGUUUUCGACUUUAAAAGAUAACUUAGGUAGGAUUGUAAUAUUAAUCAUCGUGCAGCAUAAUUUCAUAAUAGUUUAGUUACUUUAGGGUGCCGGCGUUUGAACGAACUUCUCUCCGGGGGACUGCAAGAACCACACUCUGCAAAAAUUAACUACUUAAGUAGCAUGCAUUUCCCUUAUUGAUCUUCGACGCCCUUAUAAAUUCGAAAAUACUUCAUAGAAAACGCGCAAAAAAUAACUAUUAUUUUGCCCAUUUUGUAAAAAAUCAAGUCUUCUUCAAUUUUAUACUUGAAGGCGGUUUAUAAUUCGCUUUUUAAAAGGUUUAUAAUUAUGAGGUUUUUUUAGACCGUGAAAUUCCCGUUCAUAAAUCAUCAUGUUCCCGCAUUUACUACUGUUGCUUGUAAAUUUCACAAUACAGUUUAAAUCCACUGCUAAAUUGUAUGAAACCCAUAUGGUCUCCUCUAUGUAGCGUAUGUAAAUAUAUUGUUUCCCGUACGCAGAAAAUAUACAACUUAUAGUUUUGAAACCCCUAAUGCAAUUGCAACGGCAGGUUGACUUCAGAAUUAUUUGGGAGUUGUAAAAGUUCUUUAAAACUGAAAGUUAUUCUUCCUUCAUGUAAAUAAUUUAAAAAAGACGUAAUCUUCUACCAAAUGCGCAAAAGAAUGAAUAUUUGUAUGCAUGUUCUCUAGUAAGUAUAUUCGAAUUUAUAAGGGCAUCGAAACCCAAAGAUAAAAAUUCCUACUACUUAAGUAUUCAUUUUUACACAGUUUAGUUUCUGUAGGCGGCCUGAAAGAAGUUCAUUCAAAAACCGGCACCUCGAAUUAAGGAAACCAUCUUGGGAUUAUGCUGUCAAUUAAUUUUACAAUCCUACUGAAGUAACCUUUUCGAGUCAAAAAACGAAUUUCAGAAUUUCAGUUAACAUUUCAUGAGUGAGGUGCGGGCGGUACCGGACCGCUAUGCACAUUCAAAGCGUUCCUCGUCAAGGCGAAAUAGUAAACUGUGGAAAGCACAUUACAAACCAAACUGCUGUAGAUGCAAUCGUAGAUCGUCCUUUAUUUACGAAGGAACCACCGGCGCGGUGGCAAGACAGAGGAAGUCAGUAUAGACUGAUUCUUCUGAAAAACUUAUUCUGCUAAAUCAAUAACUGACGAUGGUAGGGUAUGCAACCUCUGAAUGGUUGUUCAACAACCUACCUUCUCAUCUUAUUUAGGUAGGUGUGACUCUUUACGGUUUUUCUGGCAGUCGGUCACGAAAGCGGUUGGAUGAUGUGCUGAUUCUCACAUUCCCAGGCGUUAAUUACGUUUAAGGUGCCCAUAUCAGGCUCAAAGUUAUAGUAGGUGGGCUAACUCAUGAAACGUCAACCGAAAUUCCGAAAUGCGUUUUCGUUUCGAAAAGAUUAGUUAAGUAGGGUUGUAAAACUAGUCAGCCUAUAAUAUUUCAGUUACCUCUGGAUGCCCCUUUUCGAACGAGUUUUCUUCCGGCUGCAUGCAAGAACUACACCCUGUAAAAAAUGACCACUUAAGCAGCAUUAAUUUUUCUCAUUGAUUUUCGAUGCCCCUAAAAGUCCAAUUAUAUUUCCUGGAAAACAUGCUCAAAAAUAUUCAUUCUUUCGUUCAUUCGGUAGAUAAUUGCGUCCUCUUCCAAACCUUUACUCGAAGGAAGGGUAUAAUUCGGUUUUCAAAAACUUUUCCAAUUCCCGAAUAAUUUCGAACCCACUCUACCGUCAUACUUUGAUUCAGGGUUUCCGAACUACAAGCUGUAUGUUUUCUGCGUACGGAAAACCACACAUUUCUUUAGGGUACUAAAGGGAGACUAUAUAGGGUUAGUAAAAUUUAGCAGUAGAUUCGAUCCAUAUUGUUAACUUUACAAGCCACAUUGGUAAAUGCAGAGACAUGACGAUUUAUGAACGGUCAUUUCACGGAAUUUAAAAGUCUCACAAUUAGGAACUUUUCUAAAACCGAAUUAUGUCCCGCCUUCGAGUAUAAAAUUAGAAGAAGACGUAAUUAUCUUCCGAAUGAGUAAAACGAUGUAUAGUUUUAUGCAUGUUUUCUAUGAAAUAUAAUUGGACUUUCAGGGGCAUAGAAAAUCAAUGAGAAAAAUGCAUGCGACUUAAGUAGUCAUUUUUAAAGAAUGUAGUUUUUGCAUGGAGCCGGAAGGAAGUUCAUUCGAAAGCCGGCAUCCUGAGGUAACUGAAAUAUUACAGAAUUAUGUUGCAGGCUGACCAGUUUUACAACCCUAUUUAAUUAAUCUUUUCGAAACGAAAACGCAUUUCGGAAUUUCGGUUGAUAUUUCAUCAGUUAGCCCACCUACUGUAGGGUUAGGGCUAUGUUUAGGUCUAGAGUUAGUGUUAGGAGUUGUGCUAUACUUCAGGCUAGGGUUGUCAAGCUUGAGUUCUGGUCUGGAUUUGGGGUUGAGACCAGAAUUAGGGUUUUGUUUAGGGUUGGAGUUUUAGGAUUAGGAUCGGGGGUAAGUUUGGAAUUUUAUGAUUAUGGUUAGGGGGGGUUAGGGUUAAGUUUUAGGGCAAGCCUAGGGUUUUAAAACUAGAGUUAGGGUUAUGGGCGCGUUUGUGUUUGACUCAAAUGCUUACGGGUUAACGGUUUGGGUUAACCACUAUAGGCAUGACCGCGGUUGCAGUUCUCCCAUACCAUGCCCCUACCCAAUUACUAAAUAAAUAGUUUUACUUAACUCCCAUGAGGCUACUGUCACAUUAAAUCAAGAAUACCCUUCCAAAAAACACUCACGAGUGAAUCUUGGAUCGAAUAACCAAACCUGCACGGGUCUCAAUUUGUAUUCAUAAUAGGUAGUCAGAUAUGGUAAAAAAAAUGGACAACAUCAAAAAAUCCCUGAAAAUGGUCUGAAAAAGGCAUAAAUUGAAUGCGAUUUGUCAGUUCUUAAGGAGAAAAAAACCGUCACUCAUUAGAAGGAGAAUAUUCGUGCCGGACGGGACCACCCUGCAGGUGAGAGUAUUUAGUUGUUCGAAACUUUCCUCGUCAAAGGGAGAGUUCCUAAACCGGAUGAGGCUCAUAGUGGCGAGAGAGGAGGAGCUAACCGCGAUCUUCCACCGUCCAUUUGAGGUCUAGACGGUGAGGGGACAUUCAGAGACCGCUAGGAUCGUUGAAGCUUGAGACAAACGACUAGAAAGGUGGCGAAACAGAGAAACCUGUCGUGAUCAUCAGCUUUUUGAUUAAGGUCAAAACGAUGCCGCGAAGAUCAUCCCCGCAGGGGAUACUAUCAGUGGCGAGGAGAGUAGCUAAAAUUUGGCGGGUUUCCAGCUGAACACCUAAAGCAUGUAAGAUCUAAUCAUGAAACCCUAGACGACCCUUUUCAAACUCCAGAAGUUGAGUGUUUGUGAAUGAAACAGCCGAUAAUGACUUAAUGCUUUCAGAGGUAAGAUACUUAUGCAAUUUUGUUUAAAAUUUUAAGGGGAAAAUUACAUUAAACAAAAGUAUGUUUGUAGACAAAAAAGCGAAUGUUCAGACCUGGAGCGAAGAGACCGUAAAGUAACCACGAUGAAAGCACGCACAUAGUCGAUCCGUUGGCUGAAAUUAUCAGCACGUUCUGCAUACUGUUAGGCCAAAGCUAUCCACAACCCUUCCUUAAACAUUUCUCGUGGAAGGAACACCUUAGUGACUUCCAUUAGCUGCCACUCCUAUCUGUCCCUCCCUCGUGAAGCUCCUCCGACAAAAAACCGAAGAGUUCGACUUGAAGGUGUCGGAGAUGUCGAGUCAGGUGAAGUCUCUGACCGUGAGUCUGCAGAACCACGUGGAUGCUCUGGAGAAGGUGAAGAUGGAGCACGAGACGGAGCUGGAGGAGACGCGCUGCCGGGUGGAGACGGCCUGCGAGACCAAGUGGCAGGCCGAGGUGGAAGCGCAUCGUGAGCAGGUGCGUCAACACGCGCGCACCAUCUGCGUGAUGGAGGAACGUCUGGCACAACUGGCCAAGGAUGCCAAGGACGCCCGCGCAGAGGUCAACCGGCUGCAUGCACUGCGGAGAGGUCAGUCAGGCAACUGUUUUGCAUUUCUGACUUAUUAGCCAUCGUCUUCAGCCAGUCACACCCAACCCCGAAGUGUGGAACACCCGGGGCUCGAACUCGCGACCUGUUGGUUAGAAGUUCAACGUCCCUAACCACUGGGCCACGAGCCCCUUGCCCUGUCGGUUUCGAUCAGGAAUAUACAAUGGUAGGGGGCGCUCACCGAUCGUUCUUACGGAACUCACUCGUUCCGUUGUGCCUUACGGGCUCUCUCUCUCGAGCCCAACCUGCAGCCGUACAGCAGCGCAUGAUAUUGGGAGUAUGUUAUUACCGCGCGCUGAGGUCAACCGGCUGCAUGCACUGCGGAGAGGUCAGUCAGGCAACUUUUUCGCCACACUGGCUUAUUAGCCGUUGUCAGCCAGUCAUACCCAACCCCGAAGUGUGGAACACCUGGGGCUCGAACUCGAGACCUGUUGGGUAGAAGUCCAACGCCCCUAACCCCUGGACCGCGAGCCCGUUGUCCAGUCGCUUUCGAUCGGGAAUAUACAACAUGUAUAACAUUCCGCCUAUAUCAUGCGUCGCUGUGCGACUGCUGGUUGGGCUCGAGAGAGUAAGGCACAACCGAACGAGUGAAUUGCGUAAGAACGAUCGGUGAGCGCCCCCUCCACCACUUCUCGCAUUUAUUAAAGAUGUCCUAGUGGCAAAAGUGGUCUUAUGUGAUUAUGUAGCCCCACCUGAAGCAAGCAAACUCCAGCCACCUGUAACACAGGACCGGUGGUAAUAGGGGUUUUUACAGAUGCGGCCGGGGAACGCACAGGCGACGAGAUCAAGUAGUUGUAGGCAAAAAAAGCUAUUGGGAAUGCGCGGUUGUACUUUGAGUGGUUGAGAAAUAGUUGCCCUAACCCCUAACCAUAACCCCUAGUCCUAACUCCUAAUCCUAAGCCUUAACCGCGGCCGUAAACCCUAACCCUGAACCAUCCAACGCGAAGGUUAGAAGGAGACAACAAGCCGAAAGUCAAGAAGGACCACCGGCAUUGGGCCGAAAAAUGUAGACACGCCAGCAAAGAAACAAGACCGCCAACAGAACACUCACAGCAGCACCAUGCCAACGUACUCAUACCAACUCAAAAUAUUUAUGUUGGUCAACUGUACUGUGUCCAUCAGGUGUGGCUCCAUAACCGCAUCUUAUGGCAAGAGUACAUCGCCCCGAUAUCGAGUAGAUAGCGAACUUUCGAUAUAGGCAUAUCGAGGGGAUUGCGUUUUUUUCCGGUGAAUGUAUAUCGGGUAGAUAUUGAUUUUUUUGAUAUACUCGAAAAUCGGCGGUAGCCGGAUGCUCAGCAAUUUGCACGACCCAUUUUUCCCACGGAAAUAAUAACGUUUCAUACUAAAUCCACCUAUAUUGUUUCUGUCGGCCCUUUCCGUCCUUUCGAACUCUCUACCGUAGUCUCCAUUUGAACGAAAAACUAUCAAAACGCAAUGUACCCAAAACACUCUGAAGUCUUAUGAAGCGGUAGAUGUAUAUGUAACAAAUAAAAAAUUAAAUAUAUGCACUACUCUUUAAAAUGUUAUAGGUCCAUAUCAGGGCAAUCUAUCGGAGAAUUUGAUGUGUACCUGUGGAAGGUCCAGGUAUUAGAUCUACACAAAAGAGUAGUGUGUUAUUAGUAAUUGAGGACCAAUUACCGUCCGUGCUGUUAUUCUUUGACGCAUUUUUGAUAGAACUUUUAAGUCGUUUGGUAAUGGACAACAGUAGGUCGGCAAGGGUCGCCUUGCCGUCAGCAUUCCAGAUCCCAAACACCUCUGCGGUUAGAGCAGUAAUGAACUUAUUAAAAACGCACCCCUGAUGACCUCGAGCGUUGCAGAAUCUGAGAGGUCGUCUUUCAUUUUCCGCCUUUUUAAGUUUAUGUGGACACUGAUGUCAUCCACAAAUAGGGCAUAGAAAGUUCUUUUGGUGAAUUCAUCUAAAGAACGAUUACCUAGGCAGGCUAUGUAGGAAACCUGAUAAACUUAUUAAUGAAUUCGACCCACUCUUACCAAUUGACUGCGGAAUCGAUUGUCCGCAAGUCUGGAGUUAAGUUUUCAGAAUCUCGCAGCUGUUCUUGGAGGGCGGCCUACGGGGAUUCAUGGGAAGUCGAGUAGCCUCAUGAAAUAUAAUUAGAGGAGUCGCAUGUUGUUUGUUCUCCCAGAGACCACGAAACUCUUUUAACUUGCAUCUUUGUGGAGGGAGAAAAAGAAAUCAGUGGUAGAGGGGCGCUCACCGAUCGUUCUUACGGAACUCACUCGUUUCGUUGUGCCUUACGGGUUCUCUCUCGAGCCCAACUAGCAGCCGCACAGCAGCGCAUAAUAUAGGCAGAAUAGCAUUACCGACAAAGGCAAGGGAGGCUGUAGGGGCCAUUUCUGGCUUAUCAACCGUCGUCAGCUAGCCAUAUCCAACCUCCCGAAGUGUGAGAGAAGGUCCUAAGGCACAACGGGACAUGUGAGUCCCGUAAAAACGGUCGGUGAGCGUCCCCCUACCAUUGUAUAUUCCCAAUCGCAAUCAACAGGACAACGAGCCCGUGGCUCAGUGGUUAGAGGCGUAGGACUUCUAACCAACAGGUCGCGGGAUCGAGCCCCAGAUGUUCCACACUUCGGGAUUGGCUAUGGCUGGCUGACAACGGCUAAUAAGCCAGAAAUUGCCAUUCCAGUCUCCCUUGUCUUUGUCGGUAGUGCUAUUCUGCCUAGCGAAAUCAGUCUCUGGGGAAAUAGUUUUCAUCGGGCAUUUCGUCAUUUUGUUCACAGGCACAACUUAAGAUGGAAGACUAAGAAUUUGAGCGUUGUGUAGGACCUUCUUGCAGAUGGCCCGUUGAUCCUUUUCCUUUGCAGAAUGAUAUUGGCUGGCCUCGUUGACCGAGAGUGGGUCUGUUCAUCGCGUAGCUAGGUUGGCGUUCGUUCAUAACCAAUUUUCACCACGUCCAACUGCCCCUGCAUUGUCACGGACGAAUCAACGACCGUUUGGGGGGAGGGGGGCGGACGCAGAUUCUUUCGUCCAAGCACCAAGUCCUGCUCCUGCUCCCGUGUCGAUAGUCCUUUGAAGCUCCCACACAUUGAUUCUCCGGGAAAUUACAACUAGGAAUGCAAUCGGGACCAAUAGAUACGUUUUUGAACGACAUGCUAAUCAGUUUUCGUGAGCAGUUUGCUGAUCACUACCUUGGGAUCAUGCCAACCUCUCGUAGCGCAGGUGGCUGAAGCGUUGACCAUACUAAAGCCUCCCUUUGCCGUCCUGAGUUCAAAUCCCACCGAGGCGCCGAGUUUUUCACAGUUGGGUCAAAAUAUACUAUGCUGAAUCUGCUAAAACACAUAUUAAGUCUUUGAUAUUGUUAGGGGAGCCAUAAACGCAACUGCCUCCAGCUUAAGUCAGCAGUUGAAUCCAGCCUAUCAAUCUUAGACGAAGAAAAGGUUUGGGUGGAGUUGGUGGUACCCUGAAGGAAGCUCCACUUAUUAUUUAACCUUACAGAUAUAGGAUUGUCAGCUUGAGCAAACUAGGCUCAUACUACAAUAUACUCAGCCGCAUAUUUCUCACAUCACAUCAAAAGCGAAUUGUCUAAAAUGGUGUAAGAAGUGGCCACAACGUCUACAAAGGUCGGGCUUUUCAUGGAAAGAUAAGCAGACUAGCAGGACUUUAAACAAAUACUUUUCGUAUAAAUAUUUUCACGCAUUCUAUUUCUUCCUGUACAACCAUGUCUUUAAAGAUAUGCCCUCUCCGGAGCCACGCCAUCGGAAAUCUUCCCCUGAAGUGCGCGAUUUCAUGGUGCAAGUUUGUUGUAACAACAAUAUUGUCGAUACGUCCCCAACUACCUGUGGCCCGACUGUAAAUUCGUGCGACCCGACCGCACUUCACCAGCAAGGUCAAUGUUUCUGGUGAGUUGUUACUUUUAAGUUUGACCCACGAACCCCGCCCUAUUUCUACUGAUGUUACUAUUUAUUUAGAGUUGCGAAAAUUCUCAUUGUAAAAUUUAAAAGGCAAUUUGGCGAGCAUACGUCUGCUUUCGAUAAAUUCUCUUCAGGCCCGUACAUUUAUACGGCUCUUUCGUUUUGGUUAGAUGUCUCAUUCCUUUUUACGAACGUACCGGUAACGGAAACGGUCAACUACCUCUGUGAUUUCAUUGCCGACAAUCAACAAGAUAUAGGAAUGCCAGUGAAUGCCCUCAAGGAAUUGUUAUUGAGGUGUACCUUGAACUUGCAGUUCCUAUUCGGCAACAAUCUAUAUAGGCAGAUGAACGGCGUAGCUAUGGGCUCGCCCCUUGGCCCGCUUUUGGCGAAUAUAUUCAUGGGAAAGUUUGAAGCUUUCCAGCUACGUCACCAGAUCAACGGUUUAAGAUACUAUGGGCGGUACGUGGAUGAUAUAUUCGCAAUUGCACCGAAACAAAGCGACAUCUCAAUUCUACUGGAUGACGUAAAUCAGGCGCACUCAUCAAUAAGAUUCACUCUGGAAGAAGAACAGUCCGGUUCACUUCCCUUUCUGGAUGUGCUUCUGAGUAGAAGGCCUGGCGGCAGCAUUGGACGUAGUGUCUAUCGUAAGAAAACGUGGUCCGGACAAUACACCCAUUUUGGGAGUUUCGUGCCGCUAAACGUUAAACGUAAUUUAGUCCGCUGUUUAACAGAAAGAGUAAGAAGAAUCUGCUCAGCUGACAGCGUUGAGAAAUAGCUUAAGAUCAUCGAAGGCCUUUUUCGCCGGAAAGGGUAUCCUGAUGGAUCCAUUGCUAAGAACAUGGCCGAAAGACCACAAAGGCCCCCAAUACUGACGGUAGGAAAGAAAGGCUCUUCAUCAAGGUCCCCUUUCAAGAGGAUGCACCAAGUGAACUUUUAAGAAGACGUCUAACUCAAGCUGUAUCACAGACCUUUCCAACAGCUGACACCCGUGUGCUGUUCUCCACCAGUCCCAUCCUAUACGGAGAGGGCAAGGACAAACUACCAGCUCAAACCACCUCUAUGUGUAUUUGCUAUUUAUUUGCUAAACAUGCUGCUUUAUGGUAGAGGGGCGCUCACCAAUCGUUUCUGCGGAACUCACUCGUCCCGUUGUGCCUUACGGGCUCUCUCUCGAGCCCAACCAGCAGUCGCACAGUGGCUCAUGAUAUAGGCAGAAUGGUAUUACCGACAAAGACAAGGGAGACUGGGAUGGCCACUUCUGGUUCAUUAGUCGUCGUCAGCCAGUCAUACCCAACCCCGAAGUGUGGAAAACCAGGGGCUGCUUUAUCUCUCCCUCCUCCUUUCUACGCUCCUCAUCUUCUUCCCCUUCCAUUUUCACUCUUCUUCUUAGUCUCCUUAUUCUUUUUCUUCUUCUUCUUCUUCUUCUUCUCCUCCUCCUCCUCCCCCUCCUCCUCCCUCUUCUUCCUCGUCCGCUCCCUCCUCUUCCUCUUCCUUUUAAUUUCUCCCCUCCCCCUCGUGCCACUACCACCAUAUACACUGUCACACAGUUGAAUAAAUCAAGUUAAGCAGACGUAGGCAUCCACUUAGUAAUCUUCGAGCUAACCCAUCGAUCAUACAGUGUUCUGGGACUAUUAACGCUAUUUUGUGCCGCCACAAGUCCCUACACGUACCAAAAACAGGAACUCGUGGACCUCCCUGAAGUAAAAGGAACUCCAUCAACACGUUCUUUUCUUAACUAGGUGUCGUUACUUAGAGAGGGAGGGAGGGAGGGAGGGCGAGGAAGGGAAAUCUUAGCACUAUUUUGGUUGUAACUUUGUCGUACACACUAAAUCAGACAGCCGAAUCCUAUCUUCCGACCUGAGACCGUAUCGUCCUCUUCCACUGAUUAUUUUCUCCGAGGAUUACUUACCAUCUGUACCUUCCAAGUUGCUGAACAGCAAUUCGCUGACUUGGGAACUUUUUACCGUCGGGCUCGUAAUGGCGAGAAUAUUGAGGACUUCUUAGUCCACUCACACGCUGGAGAAAGGCCAUGAGUUCGAUUUCGCCAACACACGGAUAUUGGCGCGAGCCGGCAACAAGACGGGGCGAGAACUGUUGGAGGCGUGGGUGUCGGACACCAACUCUAUCAAUAGACCCAUUGAUUUACCUGCGUGUUAUCACGCGCUCCGCCCACGCAGCCAGGUGGCGCAGCUCACAUCGUCGCGAAGUGCAAACGGCGUCACAACGCCGGGGGACCAUUGUGGACCAGGCAGCACAAACCAGACCUAACCACGGACGUAAUCCCCCCCCCCUCCUGGUACAACGGUAUAAAGGUCAACACGUCACUGCACUCUGUCUCUGACGAUGAACUCCUGUCCGGGUUCGAAAGCUAAGGCCAAUAAAUCUACUGUCCCAGUGAUCGUGCCUUCGUCUUCUUUUAAACAAGUACCUGGGAUGUGCAUAUUCUCUUCCAUUCGUGACUUCUUAGUUCGUCUGCAGCGGUGGCGAACACACCUCCGUUAAAUGUUGAAUCACGUCCCACUUCUAACUUCCAAUCGGAAACUGUGAAGUCCUGGAUCCCUGACCACCCACGGAGGAAAAGGGGUCUAAAGUUAGGAUAGACUGUUGUGACUCGGACGGUUGGCGUGUAUAAAUUAUCUCAAUUAACCCCACAAUUACGGGGCUGAGUCGCGCUCAGUAGUAGAAGAUGCUAAACACCAGUCUUGUCAUGCGUUAUAUGAGUUUUGCUCUGCCAUGGCGUGGAUGCUAGCGCCAGGCCAGAGGCUGAGACAGAAUUCUGGCUUACCGGCAAACGUGCCAUGCUCUUCGGGUUCAACCCGAGUUCUCAGCUCAGCGGACUUCAUCGCAUCCCCCGCUAGUUUUGGAAGUUCUCUACAGAUUUCGCAUGUUCGCGUGAUCCUGCUAUUUUCUGUUUCGACAGACAGGGAGAUAAGACAGUAUAUGACAACCACCGAGGGAUUGGAUCCCCUUGGAAUCGCAAUACAGACUUUCUUUACCGUCCUUCUGCACCCCCAGCCAUACGGGCGUCGUUUUAACUUCACGCUAUGGUGGCUUUUGUCGAUUUGCUGUCAGCAACAGACCUCGUGUACUGGCGCCCCUUCUAUCAGGUAGUGCUCGAGUGUGGCCUUCCACCCAAGUCUCCGUACUCCGUGCGGGCUUUCUGUCGCAUGACUCGGUUUUAAGUACCUUCGUAUUAACGGUGGCUUUGUGCAUAGUCCAGGAAGGGAUGGGGUUGGGAUUACCUCCAGGGUUAUGACUAGGAUGGUAGAGAUUGGGACUGUUAGUAUUACAGUACGUUUGAGGUUAGGGUUAUAGUUCGGACUCAGGAAUGCGAUAUUCCCCUGGAGGUUGGCGUAAGACCACUUGUAGUACGGUAGUACCUAUAUCCGUGUCCAGAUUCUUCUACGAUAAGGCACGGGUCAACGAUAGGGCCCACAAAUAGAUGGCAACUACAAAAUAUACCCUAAAAUUCAGUGUGACUGUAAAGAUCACCUAUAGUAUGAGGGCUAACUCGUGAAAUGUCAGCUGAGAUUCAGGAAUGCGUUUUCGUUUCGAAAAGAUUAUUUAGGUAGGAUUGUAAAGUUAAUUAUCCUGCAGCAUAAUUCUACAAUAUUUCCGUUACAUCAGAAUGCUGGCCUUCGAAGGAAUUUGUUUUUGGCUGCAUGCAAAAACUAUGCCUUGUAAAGAAUAACUUCUUAAGUGGCAUGAAUUUAUCUCAUUGAUUUUCGAUGCCCUUGGAAAAUUAAUUACAUUGCAUGGAAAACAUGCAUAAAAAUAUUUACUAUUUUGCUCAUUCGGUAGACAAUUACGUCUUCUUUCAGUUUUAUACUCGACGGAAGAGUCUUAAUCGGUUUUCAAAUAGUUUAUAAUUGGGAGAUUUUUUAAUACCGUGAAAUGGCCGUUCAUAAAACGUCAUGUCUCUGCAUUUACCAAUGUUGCUUAUAAAGUUAGCAAUAUGGCUCAAAUCAACUGCUAGAUUUUAUGAACCCUAUGUAGUCUCCUCACAAUACGUUCGAGAAAUGUAUGGUUUUCCGUACGCGGAAAAUAUACGACUAGUAUUUUGGAAGCCCUGAAUGCAAGUGUAACGGCAGGUCGGCCUCAAAAUUAUUCGGGAAUUGGAAAAGUUUUUUAAAACCGAGUUAUUCCCUUCCUUCGAGUAUAAAACUGAAAGAAGACGUACUUGUCUACCGAAUGAGCCAAAGAGUAAAUAUUUUAUGCAUGUUUUCCAUGAAAUGUAAUUAAUUUUCCAAGGGCAUCGAAAAUCAAUGAGCAAAAUUCAUGCCACUUAAGUAGUUAUUUUUUACAAAGCAUAGUUUUUGCAUGCAGCCAAAAACAAAUUUCUUCGAAAGCCAGCAUCCUGACGUAACUGAAUUAGUAUAGAAUUAUUCUGCAGGAUGAUUAAUUUUACAACCCUGCCUAAAUAAUCUUUUCGAAACGAAAACGCAUUUAUGGAUCUCAGUUGACAUUUCCUGAGUUAGCCCACCUACUGUAUUAUUCCAUUCCCAUUGUGUGAAUUUUACUUCCCUUCCUGACUUAAUGUAGACUUACCAGCGACGCUUAAUUCAAGGUCCGUUAUUUUUUGAAAAUUGCCUUUUGUUUAUUUUUUAAUUAUCGCAUUCACUGCCAUUGCCAAAUGACAGCGUGCGAUGAGACUUUCGGUGGACAUUUAUCUACUUUCUGUGUCUUCUCUCUCUCAGUCCUGCGUGUUGCCGCACCCGUAAAACCCUAUCUUCCACCAUUCAACCUAUGACACGGUCCACAGACUAGCUCAAGUUAGUUGUGGAUCCUAGACCCUAUCGUUUCCUGGCACGGUACAAGAAAUCUGUGACCCAGAUCUUGUUUCAUCGAGUUCUCAGAUAAUAGGAUGACUGCUAGCUUGGUUGUGGAAAAAGAACAUCCGACGGCAGGUUUUAGACUACACCGGAGGAGCGCAGAUGCCCACUAAGAUUCACUGAAUUCGCGACGCUAACAGGUUGUCAAGAGCUGCCUGACUAUAAUGGUCCUGAAACCCUGUUGAGUCUGUGCAGGUUAGACCUGAAUCCAAUCUCCCCAGGAUGAAGCUCGUGACGGCUUGAGUGCUACCUGAUAGGCAGAACCAGAUUUUGGCCCUCAGAUUUCCGUUAGUGGUGGACCAUAUAAGUUAACUAGUUUUCGCCUUUCUUCCAAGUUUCCAGAACAAAUAAAUCAAUACUUUACGGAUUCGAGUUUUUCUACACUGUCUCCAUUCUUUCGACGGGCCGCCUCCGAUGCAAAUGAGAUGCUCGAAAGUAGAAAUAGACCGCGGUUUUGGAAACCGGUGUUAAGUGUAUUCGUGAUUGCCGUCGCGAAAGAUUAUAAAGAAUUUUUAACUUUUUUCUUUGGAAUUCCCUUCCUGCGAGGCUUGGACACGAUAUAACUAUGGAGGCCGUUUUGGAGGGAUUUUCGAGGUGCCACUUAUAGCUGCGCAGAGCGCUAGAAGGUUGGUCCGGGUGCGGGCAUUGAGUGCCAGCGAGCCCAUUAGCGCAAGGCGAGGCAGCCAUAGUACUGGUGAUUGCGCGUCAACAAACCACCGCCCUCGAACGGCGAGCGGCCCCUGCCAAUCAGGGCGUUCCUCUAGGGUACGGAAGUUCUGGAUGCUGGCCAAUCAGAAUUCAGAACUUGGAAUAGCCGAACUUCACGACCGUUAACCUGUUGUAGCUGCCCCAGGCGCUCUGUCUUCCGUGGCCGACGCCGACCCCAACGUCGCCCCAACCUCCUGAUACCAGGGUGUGUGCACAAGGUACCCGACGUACUCACAGCCUAUGGCCCCCCUCUCCCUCGCCCCCUAAACCCAAUGACCACGACACGCCGACCACGCCAUAGCACGCCUCGUCAUGCGAGUGGCGUGGGAACGAUGGAUGUUAAUUGUCCCCGAAUCAUUUAUAAGUCAUGUAAUUCGCAUAACUUAAACUUCUUUGUAGCCGUUUUAGCCUGAUGAAGAGUUACUGAAAACACGUGUUCGCCAAUUUGACUUUUCAAUUGUAACAUGGGAAUAUUCGCUGAACUAUUUCUUUUUAGUUGAAAAAAACUAGGCAUUUCUGUUUGGAUUUCGCUAAGUUCGGCAAAUCCCCGGUCUUGCGGAUUCUUACAAACUGGGUGGCUACCACGUUCGUCUACCGAUAACGAAUUCGCAAGCUUGGUAGGGUUUAUUGUUCUACAAUGAAACCUUGUAAUAUUGUGCUACUUGCGAUUGCCUACUUAAGAACUACUGGACAGUAGUUGCGAGUUUCCCUGAACUUUUCGUGCACAUGCUAUCCAAGCGACUGCGGCGGAGAAGGUAUGGACGCAUGCUUUCAGUCGUCAUUUUGGACCUGGAAGUUGAGGGCGGACAGCCUUAGGCAACAACCCCUUCUCACCGUCGCACAACAUAGUUGGUGGUGUUUGUUGCCUUUUUACAUUGCGUGUUUAUUUUUCCGCUUUUCUACCUCCUUUUCUGUCGCCUUAGCGCCCUUGGAGGCAAUCAGGCUACUGGCGCCCAGAGACUUCAGAGCGACGCGCGACCUCCGGUCUGUGUCGGAGAUGAGACCCUCAAGACAGCGAUAACACCGACCUGUGAUCUGAGCCAGCAGCUAGCCGACGCAAAAGUCGAAAUUUCGCAGCUAAAUUCCCUCAUCGAGAACAUGAAGAUGAGCCUCCUGGAGAAGGAGAAAGUGGUGGUGUAAGUCUGCCCCUCAUUGGGCAAUCUUGUUAUUCAAUAUGAACCAAUCAGAAAGAGAGAGGCUCCCAUUGGCAAGUUUAGUACCCAAUAUGGACCUAUCAGAAAAUGGGAGCAGUUCGCUAGCAGAAGCGCACCAGUCUUCUGACCCCAUCCUCAGAGGCUGGAGAGUCCCAUGCAUACGCGAGUUGAGCACAUUGUGUCCGACCCGCGGAUCACUAAAGCCAACUGUGGGUACGACGUGAACCCAUGGUUUGUGUCAUCCACGUUGUUGGUGGUAAUUGGCGACCGCAAAGUUCUAGCAUACUGGCCAUCCUUUGUUGAGCAGUUUCCCAAGGUCAGGUAGAGCUUACGCAGGUCGAUGAGAAGACUACUUCAGCAAUCGGCUGACAGCCAGACUUCUCGACAGUUCUACAAUCUCAAGCCGAGGCAUCCUGUAGAGCGCGCGGGCAACACCGAUGAGGCAGACUUGUGCAGCACUGACCUCGCUCUCCUCUUCCUUACCCGUCUGAAUUUAGUAACAAAACCACUGGAGGUGGGUUCCGACGCAGUGGCCGACAAAGAUAGACCGCCCAUCUACGCGUGCCACUCACAACCCAAUCUCCACGGCGUGCUGUGGGCUUUCAUUAGGGCGACUCAGGUCUCACAUGAAACAGUGUCAUAAAAGCCAUCUUAGGAAUGAGCAUUCGCAGCCUGACUCCAUCUUGAGGAGCAUCGAGUUAUAUCGUCAGUUGGAAAGCUCUCAAGCAACGACUCUUGGGUCACCCGAUUUAUUCUAGCGGGGAAUGCGCUGAUUGGCUUUCGACCUCGCUAACUCUCUUUCUCUCCCCAAAUCUACCUGGGAUUUUUUGCACUUGACUCGAACCACUAGAGGGCUUUCCAUUUUUAGAAAUUGGAUAGUCUAAUUGUCUAUUACAAACGUCAAAACUAAAGUAGGCAAGAAGGGCAGGAUUUAUUGGUACCGAAAAAUUUCGCGACGGCUCUUCAGCUGCGUUCUGUCGCUCUCAUUUUUGCUCUUUAACGUUCCCCUUUUUUUCACUUUCUUCCCCUACGAUGCUUGUGUUACUAACUUUAUCGAGUAGCCAGCUUUGCCCAAAACCCUGACCUUACUGUUUCUGCAUUGAUUUUCUGCACGAAUUCAAAUCUGAUGUAUUCUUCUCACUCGUUAUCUCUCUUAUAAAGCGACAGGACGCAGCUGAAGAGCCGUCGCGAAAUUUUUUGGUACCAAUAAAUUCUGCCCUUCUUGCCUACUUCAGCUUCGUACCGGGGACAAAAUGCUUCAAACGUCAAAACCCAAACGCACCUCUGUAAUUGACCACCCCUGAUUACUAUCUUGACAGGAAAUCACGUUGCCGCCACUAUCAGUUAGGCAGGGUUGCUUGAAUCCUUUGUCGGGUCUCCCUACUAGCUGGACUUCAGUAGGCUAACAUCAUAUCUUCUUACACACUUAAGAAAAGCCACGUCUGCGGCCCAGGAGGCGCGUGAUUCUCUGCAGGAGGAACGUGACAAGGUGGCAAACCUGCAAGCUGAAUUGAGUCGGAGCAGAGAGGCUCAGCUUCGACAUACGCGACAGCAGCAGCAGCAACCGUCGGACGCCGGGGUCAGUCCCCUGGCUCUGGAAAUGGCCACCAUUGGUGCGACCUGUAGAUCCGAGCGACACGAGAAGAUCAUUGCCCAACAGAGGAUAGCUCUUUCGGAACUGAGACAGCGUCUACAGAGGACUCUGGGAAGGGGAGAACUGAAAAGCGGUUAGUCGGCCUUGAUUUUUUUUCCGUGGCAACUUCACCACGCCUUAUCGAACUUCAAAAGACUAGUUGGCGAGCAUACAUCUGCCUUCGGUGAAUUCUUGUCAGGUCAGUACACUUAUAUUGGAACAGGGCCGAGUAAAACAUGUCAGUGAUUAGAGAAAUCGAUUAAAUCGAUCAUUGCUCCCCUAUAUUCCCACAUUCCAUUUGCGUUUUAAGGCUAACUUUGAUCGAUUUCUCUAAUCACUGACAAGUUUUACUCGCCCACUUUCGCACAUAAAUGCACCGGUCCGACGAGAAUUUACCGAAAGCAAACGUACACUUGCCAAUUGGUUUUCCUAAUACCGUCCUGAUAAUUUUCGAAACUCUUGUCGAACUUACAAAAUAGAUUGAACAGUGCAUUAGCUACUCAUAUUUCGGGAUUUUUCCGCUGGAGAAAGUGGUAGGAUCAGGGAAAAAUGGCCUGUUUUAAAUCGCAUGCGGCAGCCGACUAAUUCUGCGCCACCAAAACUAUCACACCCCAACUGUUGUGGAAGGUUUUUUCACCGGCCAGGUAACGGAGCCUGCUCCUCCCGGUACGUCUUGAAACUCAUUCUAGAGACCUCGCCAUUACCGGCUGGCUAGCUGUCCUGAGGAUUUUUGGUGCAAGCGAAGACAAGAGUUCCAGAUAACAGCACAGAUGGUGACGUCUGACGUUUCGGAUUCACAAUCGAAUCCAUUAUCAAAGGUAGCAUCAGUGGACUAACAAGCACGAUGGUUUCCCCCUACACUCUUUCUAGUGCCAAUUUCGGUGAACCAACUGGCCAUGUAAUUAUCACGUUAAUAACCAAUAAAAGUUGCUAAAUUGCGUCAAUUAACGACUCAGUUGCAGACAGCAGCAAUUAUUGUGCCAAGUACAUCCGUUUGUGAUGAAUACGGUAGUCACCAAUUUCGAUAGGUAUGCAAUUAAAUUACCCUUAUUUGAUGCGGGUAUGGAUCUAAAAGGGGAGGCAAAUAAAACUCCUUCGAGCGAUCGCGUCUCCUCCUCGCCCUGAGGAUGUCACUUCUCGCUACGAGUGACCGAUCGACCGUUGAUUCCGACGAAAUCCUCCACAACUGGGUGGGGACAGAGACGGUUACUUGCGCGUUAUAAGGACAGUAGACUUGCGCACCAUCUACCGCGCUCCCUCACCCUCCCCCACCCGAUCCAAUGUCAUAACAAAGUCAAGAAGACCGAAGACGGCAGAUGCCUCAGGUGGUUGACACGGCGAAAACCCGCAGCUAAGCUUACCAUCUCAGCUCCCGGUCCACAACGGACCCUGACCAGGAUUUUAUACCACAACAAAAAUAGGACGACGACACAGACUCCAAUGGACGCGGUCAGAGCCUGAGACCAGGCGUGCCAUCACGCUCCCCCCCCCAAUUUUGGUAUUUGUUCGGGGCGCGCAUUCUCGAUGACGCUUACAGAAUCCGAUCUAGCCCCUGUGUUGAUCUAGCGCAUCUUCCGCGUGGCCCGUUCGAGAAGCAAUCUCCACCAGUACAUCUUAUUUCAACCCCCUGUCGGGAUCCUAUUAGAGUAAAAUCGACGGUAGGUAUGACCACAGCCGACACGCCUUCGCUGCCGAAAAGAAAACUCUGUUCCCUAAAGUCCCUUUUCAAGGGGACGCUUCGAGUGAACUCCUAAAGAGACGCCUUGAUCAAGCUGUUUCGCGAACCUUCCCAGCGGCAAGGGUUCAAGUAUCCUUCUCUACUAACCUUAUUUUACGCGGAGAAGGUAAGGAUAAGUUGCCACCUCAGACCACUUCAAUGCGCAUCUAUUCUUUUACUUGCUCCUGUGGAGCAGGUUAUAUUGGUCGCACGAGUCGGCGCUUAUCCAAGAGAAUACGGGAACACCUCCCGGCAUGGCUGGGAAAAGCCGAAACUAUGAGCAUAAGCAGCGUCAUUCUCGUGCAUGUUGUCGAUUCCGGACAUCAUGUAGACCCCAAUGGAGCGUUUCGUGUGAUCUAUAAGGUCCCAUCGACCUACCCUAGACCACUGGGACAGCGCUUGUUAGCAGCAGCAGGGGCGGCCGCCAUCAGGUUGUGAAAACCAACGUUGUGCGCACAGAAGAACCACGUUCAGGCUCCGCGCCUGCAGUGAUCGAAGGUCGACUAACGCUGCAACUCUCCGCGCCCCUCCGCUCUCACCCCGGCCCUGACACUGACUGUUCUUACCCCCCCCCCUCCCCCGCAUUCCCACACCCAGCCUGUGUUUUAAAGCGAACUUUAAUCGAUUUAUCUUAUCACUGACGUGUUUUUACUUCUACUCCGUUCCCAUGUAAUUGUACUGCCUCGACGAAAAUUUAUCGAAAACCACGUAUGCUCGCCAUCUCGGCUUCUGAUUUCUUUUAAUUAUUUUUCCCUGAAUUCAGAGAAGGCUGAGGCGGACGCCGCGAACGAGGCCUACCGUAAAGAACUGCUCUGUCUCCGUCGCCAGGUCAACGAACUGCGCGCCCAGCUACGAAUGAGCCAGGUUCUGCCAGCCGGACUGUUAACCAAUGAGACCGCCGAUGCUCUCAGCGUCCCCGAACAGCCGCAUCCACCGCCGCGAAAGAACCUCACCUUUGCACGUGAUGUGAUACUGCGACCGCCGUCUCAGAAUCCCUCCCUUCGCGAUGCCAUCGAGUCCCUCAUUGUGAGUUUAGCUUGAUUUCCGUGUGACAAUCAAAGAAAAUGGGCAUGGGAGUGCGGCGGAAUCGGCACUGUGGUAUCCGGUGCUGUCAGCUAGAACUUUCUUUUCGAAUGUGCUAUAAAAACCAGAUUUCUUGCAAACGGAAGAAAAUAUGCGCAUCCCAGGUUCUUGUAUAAAAGAAGACGAAAGCACGAUCACUGGGACGGUAGAUUUAUUGGCCUUAGCUUUCGAACUCGAACUGGAGUUCACCAUCAGGGACUGUUAGAGUGCAGCGACGUGUGAAUCUUUAUACCGUUGUACCAUGAGGGGGGGGGGGAUUACGUCCGUGGUUAGGUCUGGUUUCUGCUGCCUGGUCCACAAUGGUCCCCAGGCGUGGUGACGGCGGUUGUACCUCGCGGCGAUGUGAGCUGCGCCACCUGGCUGCGUGGGCGGAGCGCGUGAUAACACGCAGGUAAAUCGAUGGAUCAAUCUAUUGAUAGAGUUGGUGUCCGACGCCAACGCCUCCAACAGUUCUCGCCCCGUCUUGUUGCCGCCUCUGGCCUAGCCACGGACAUAAUCUCCUCCCUCAUGGCACACCGGCAUUAAUGUUCACGCGUUGCUGCGUUCUACCAGUCUCUGAUUAUGAUGAACUCAUGUUCGAGUUAGAAAGCUAAGACCAAUAAAUCUACCGUCCCAGUGAUCGUGCCUUCGUCUUCUUUUAAACAGAUUUCUUGUGCUUGGUUUGUGCUUAGACAGUGUAGUCCGACUUCUAAGCAAAUCAGCAUCGUCAUUGUACAGUAGGCGACUUAUCCCAUGAAACAUCAACCAAAAUGCGGAAAUAUGAUAUCGAGUGGAGAGGCAGGUCAGAAUGUCGUCUUCGAAUGCGCGUCUUCUUCCUAUAAUGUUUCACUGGAUGAGAGUGUUUCUUACAGUUGUGAGAAAAAUUACUUCAGUUCUCGAAUAAUUUGAACCCAACCUGCCGUUGUACUUGCGUUUAGGGUUUUAAACCCCCAACCUGUACAUCCUUCAUUUACGAAACAUAGAUUACUCUGUAUUAUUAAGAAGGUGCAUUUAGCACUCGUAAAAUUUCACAAUAGCUGCCUUGUGCUUAAUAGUAAGCGGAGAUAUGCAACGUUAUUCGAACAGAAAUCUCAUAGUUUUAAAGGUCUCACAAUCGAAAAAUCCCUUUAAUCCGAAAAAUAUUACCGAGUGGGGGAUUCAAAACGCAUAAUUUACUGUGAUGUGAGUGCAGAAAAGCAUUUUUUGUGCAUGCUUUCUACAAAAUAGGCCCAGACUUAUCAGGCCAUCAAAAAUCAAUGGUAAAGAUUCUUACUAACAAGUCACUCAUUUUUUGCGAGUGUGGUUUCAUCAGACGGUCAGCCUGAAACCCAUUCAAAAGCGGUAUCAUGACCUGACUUAAAUGUCUUUGGAGUAUGUUGCAUGCUAAUCGAUAUCCUAACCUCACCUACAGCAGAUGUUGAUCGAUGUUCUAAAAUGCGUUUUCGACUCAAAAAGGUAACCUCAAAAAGAUCACCAUGCAGCAUAACCCCAUAAUAAUUCAGUUACCUCAGGGUGCCGACUUUUGAAUGAACUUCUUCCCGGUCGCCUGCAAAAACUACACUCUGUGCGAAUUUUUCUUAUCGAUUUUCGAUACCUUUAUAAAUUCGGACAUAUCUCAUUUAAAACAUGCAUAAAAUAUUCAUUCUUUUAAUCCUUUGGUAUGAGACUACGUCUUAUUCAAAUUUUAUGUUUGAAGGAAGGGUAUCAUUCUGUUACAAAAAACUUUUCCGCUUUCUGGAUAAUUUUGAACACGAUUUGUCGUUGCACUUACAUUUAGGUUUUUCAAUCUACAAGCUGUAUAUUUUCCGUAUACGGAAAAGUAUGCAUUUCUUUACUCUAUUAAGAGGAGGCCAUGUGGGGUUCAUGCAUUUUAGCAGUGGAUUUGAGCCAUGUUGUAAACUUUACAAGCAACAAUAGCAACUGCAGACAGAAGAUGUUUUAUGAACGGACAUUUCGCAGUCUUAUAAAAUCAUAAUUUAAAACUUUUUGAAACCGAAUUAUACUCCUUCUUCAAGCACAAAAUUUGAAGAAGAUGUAGUUUCCCAUCAAAUGAGUAAAAAUAAUGAAUAUUUUUACGAAUGUUUUACAUGAAAUAUAUUUGCAUUUAUAAGGUUAUCGAAAAUCAAUGAGAAAAAUUCAUAUUACUUCAGUAGCAGGGUAAUUUUGCAGGCGGCCGGAAAGAAGUUCCUUCAAAGGCCGGCACCCUGACGUAACUGAAUUAUCAUGGAAUUAUUCUGCAUGGCGAUUAAUAUCAUAAUCCUACUUAAGUAAUCUUUUUGAGUCGAAAGCGCAUUUCAGAAUUUCUAUCAAAGUUAGAAUGUUUGUGACAGUAGGCACUUCGCGCACCUGCGAAGUGAACUUCACUCACCCCGCAGAUGCUUCACAGGUGGGGUCCAGGCCGUGAACUGGCAGUAGUAUCUGGCCAAAGUUCCAGUGUUACCUCCAUGUCAGUCGGUUCUGAUCGAGAUCUGGGGGAGGGAGGGGGGCGUCAGUUUGAUCCUUGCAGACCACCACCGUCUGGUCAGGCGUUUGACGUCUAGAGUGCUAAUUUCACCCUCCACACCCAUCGCAUACCAGCGACAGAGGCCGGCUGAAGGCGCGCUUGAGCGCAGUGGCUAACCUAGCAAGUACCCGCGUCACUUUUGUAGCGGCACAGCAGUGAGAAUAAGUGCUCUGAGCGCCACAACCACUAUGUUGGAAGGAGAAAACGGAAGGCACCAGAAUGAGGGAUUUAUUGUGCACAGAACCCGGAGUUGUCGUCUCAGGCGGCAGUGGCCACUGGCGAAGCCAGGGCUGGUGUUGACUGCGUCCAGUCAUGCCCGAGAGUCCUUGAGAUGGUGGUGGCAGCCGCUUUUGUAGGCUCAAAUGGUGUCCAAUCAGUGUGUGUUGCAUUUGCCGAGGGGUGGUGUCCCAGUGGCUUAGGUUGUGGUUGCAGGGGGAGGUGCGCUCAAAUGGCCGCAUGGGCAGCUGCGAUUGUGCGGACGCAGGUAUGCCCGAGUUAUCGGUCGUGUGACUUCAGGUCAGUGCCUCUGGAACGGCUCACUGCAAAGGGGUGAAUGACCUUGAGACAGCGAGGUCUUGAACAAUGACGCCAUACCGGUCAUUAUGGCUGCCCUCAUCAUUCACGCACCCGUCUGUUCGCUCUGAUUUUAUUGCCCUGCGAGUUGUCAUCUCAAGGUUGACCCGUCGCAAUACGGCCAUGACUUCCAGUGAUAUCCACUCAGGGAUGGGCGUAGGCCGCUCUGUUUUGCAGCUCUCCAGAGCAAACCAUCUUUGAUCACAAUCGGGUGACAGCCUACCGGGCCGCAAAAUAACUAGACAAGUAGGCACUGAGGCGGUUUGACAAAGACAGGAGGACCAAAAUGACAGAUGCUUCGGGCCUAUGUAUGCCUUCUCUGCGAGCCAUGCUCCAGGAAUGGGGCGACGCAGCGCAGAAGAGCCUUAUCAUCGGGGCAGGGAAUCAUCGGGGUUUGCAUUUCUUCACAUAUAGUCAUUUGUCCCCCUCAGUUAGCAGUGGAGUUUGACAUUCUCCAGGCAUACCAACCGCCUUGGAACCUUUCAGCUAUGUCCCGAGGAGUGACUGAUAGCGAAGGAUGGCGAGUUCGGGGAACCUCUCGCCAAUAUAAAUAAAACGAUGUCGGACGCGCUGGAAACUCGCUGUAUUAAUUCGACUCCUAACUGUCCUAGAACACUCUGACGUUGCGGUGGUGGUGGUGGUGGUGGGGGUGGUGGUGGUGUCCUUUCGAGGAAAAACCUUGAUUGUCCUGCUGGCCAUUGACGGAGCCACACGCGCAGACAAAGGCAUCACUCUAGUUCGAUGAUACAUCGCACACGCCGAUUGGCUAACCGGUUCCACGCGCGCAUUUCGCGGCUGGCUCAAUCUGCUGUGCCGCACGCGGUUGCGUUUUCAUCUGGCCUUACGUCGUGAUCGCAGCCUGUUUCCGUCCUCCUCGGUAUUCACCCUCUUUUCUCUCUUUCUCUCCCAAGGUAUCCGAGGAGAGUUACUCAGAGCUGGCGCUCAUGUUGGAGCGAAUGUUGGCUUUGGAAAACUCGCCGUCUCGUCGACUCUCUGCCGGCCUGUUGCCCGCAGAGAGACAGGCCCUACGAGAGAACCGCAGGGAGUUUACGGCUGCGGCAGCUGAGAAGUUUGCCCUCCUCAAGGAGGAACUGAGGCGUAACGCUGAACUCAUUCGAACCUACGAGGCUGAAUUAAUAAAAUUAAGGUGAGUAGUCAGAGGGUCCAUUUGCGGCUUCCCAGGGUGGCCAAUUAGUCGAUUUUCACUGCACUGAACAACAUUCUUCUGCACCCUUUCAGUGUAAUCUGCUGUUUUUAGGUGAUGCGACUCGUGAAGUAUGCCUAAGUUGACGAAAGUCGCUAAUAAUUCGGGAACCGACCAAAGUUUAUUGAUCAGUACCUCGGGUUAAGAAUAGGUGACCUUCAGCAAAACCAAAAAUGAAGUAACAGUGAAGGCAAUAUGUCGUUCUCUAAAAAUAGGAAUUUUCUUUAAAGGAAGCGGAAGUGCCGAAAACACGACAAUUUAUGUCAAAUUAAGUAUUCAAAUGAACCCGAAUUUUCGAGUUCCAGGUGUUUGCAUGAAGAAACAGAAAGACUGGUCGAACACCGAAAUAAUUUGUUUAUUGCUCUGAGCUUCCAAACUUGCGCAGGAGUUCCUUAUCAGUGGUGGCAACCCCAACAGAACAAGCCAGCAAACGAUCAUUUAGGCAAGUUUGGAGGUGGCCGCGCAGGGCUCGGUAUGCUGGAGCCGGGUCCACGAAUCGAUUAACUGCACUUGCUCGGGUUGGAUGGAUUAAGCAUGUUUAACCAGGGAAAACGAUCGGAUCUUAUUUCGUAACCGUGCCUGUAGUAGACAAGUCCCACCCGCCUGUCAUACGGGACCAGUGGUAAUAGGGGGUUUUACCCUGCCCUGCCUUCCCUAUCUCGAACCACUAAUCCUUAACCCCCCACCCUAACUCCUAAGAGGUACGGCUUCGAAAUAUGAUCUUGCCGGGAGAGCUGGGAAGGAGGGAGAGAGAAUGAGACAGAAGAGACGAUUAAAACGAUGGAACAUAUCACGACUCAGUUCGCUGUGGGCUUCUGCUCCGUAACAGUAGUUCCAAUAGCCUAUCUGGUAAAAUAAACGCUUAACGGACUGCUACUUAUCCACAGUGUUCGUAUAGCUCCUUCUUACUAUCGUAUCCGCAGAUCCUCAGUCACCUGAGUCGUCAUCUGGCAAACCGGUCGGUAGGACGCGAAAUUAGAGGUCUCUGUGUUGCAGGUUACCCCGCGCAAAACUUCAUGGGAGUAGAUUUAAUGGUGAGAUUAUUAUUAGGGUUAAGAUCAGGAAGGCCAGAGUAAGGACUGGAGUUCGGAUAUGAGAAUAACCAUCUCCUGAAAUCUAGCACAAGUCCAUCUGUAGUGGGCGAACCCAUAUUACUCUGUCCGACCGACCAGUUCAUCAGCAACCGUUGUGAUAUGGACACCUACCCCAAUGCGCCUGGUGCCGCUCUUGAUUUCGUCGUCUUCAACAUCCAUCGCCAGUCACCAUGACGAAAUUCCGACAGCUGGCAAGUCAGGGAGGAGGCAAGUACAGCGCUUGAUAAAUGCUGGACCGAACAAGUAGGGCUCUAGUCAGUCUCCACUCCCUCCCCCCUCCAAAAUCUGGAUGCGGACUUCAGCUUGACAGUCGGCGUCUUGCCCUGCCGUUAUCGUCGGGUGUUGGGCCGUCCGCGUCUCUUAGUCGCCUUCUUGAUCUUCUUCCCAAAGAGACCUUUUGCUUAGGCCAAUCCUGUAUUCUCUGUGCUAUUUAUCUGCCAAUGCUUCAACUGAACCGCACUUUGCGGGUCUUAUGCCCUUCACUCAACUCUGAUCGGUGAUAAAAACUAAAAAACACUUAAUAUCCCUGCAACGAUUUUUAUGACAGCCCAAUCACAGUGAAGUAGGCGGAUUCUGACUGUGGCGGUCAAGGAUGUGAAAUCAACUUAAACCACGCACAAUAAGUUCGUUUCGUCUAAUGUCAGAAGUCAGGGAGCUGUGAGGACUAGUUUAUCCUGUACACAGGGCAGGUUGCCGUAAGUUGGCGGUUUGCUUGCAACAGAAAAAAGCGUCCGUUCACGGAGAAUAUCAGACGCGGUAUGUUGUUUACGCGGGAGUGAGUUUCUGGGUCAGGAGGAAGGGGUGACUGGCUGGGUGUUGGUCGUGUGAUUGGACAAAUUAGGGGAAGAAUAGGGGGGCGCAUACUCACAAGGCCUCGCGGGUAUCAAGCCAGAGCGUUCGACGCGCGUGAGGUGAUGAAAGUUUUUUGAGGUCAAUCGAGAGUCACUGAAGUUGGACCGGAGGUGUCCCAGUUCUAGCCGGCGGGGGUGGCCGUGGGUCAACGGCUGUCGCGGCCAUCGUUUGACAAAACGGAGCCGGAGAAAAAAGGGGUACUGGAGCGGCUGCUACAAGACGAAAGCAGCAUACUCGUGAAAAUGCCUUAUGAUUGCACUGGUUGAUAGCUACCCCCACUCAUCAUUCGUGCGCUGCACGCGUAAACAUGUUGUAUAUCUUUGUCAGCCACUGCCUCCGAGCCUAUCCCCCGAUUUUUUAGCCAUUGUCUUGUCACCGGCGCCCAAUGGAUGAGGAGGAGGGAGUGCCGUGGAUGCUGCCCACGUUGCCGCUUCUGCGUUAACUCCGUGAGACAGUCAAUCCCACCGGAAAGUACGCGCGAUCUUUUCUUUGCGUGCCGUCAGUAUGCCAUCGACAGCGGUCACAGCACUUCCGAUGAACCUGACUGGUCCACGUACGUGAGAGGCUGCUGGGAUUCUCAGGAAUGUCCUUCUUGAAGCGAGAUGGGCAGAAUACUAGCUAGUCUUGUUUAAUUUUCGAGGAAAUCUGUGAUAGAGAGUGCAAGCUGCCUAAGGCGCUGAACAGGGGACCAAGCCGGCGGCGUUAGACGCGCGUGAAGUUAGAGGGCCGACCGGCGUGCACUGCAGCGCCGAGUACAUGUGGUGGCUUUGUUCACGUGUGCGGCCCAAGCAAUGGCUGGUCGGACAUUCCAGACAUUUCCGCGGGGGGCUAUCGCGCACGCGGCGGCCAAUCAGCGGCCAGCACGUCCGGGGCAGGAACAUUCUAGAACGCCCUCAACGGCUGGCACGUCAUUGGACGGAAUGUUCCAGAACACACAGGGGCCAGUAUAAAUAGCGCACCUUUCUGACGAGUUGUAACCCCUCGUGUCCGCAAGUAACCAGUAGAGAGCUUGUCCUCCGAGUCGGCUCUCUUCCUGUGCCACCUUUCUUCCAGGUCAUAACAAAAUUAAAGCGCGAACCUGGAGUAAACCUUUCGAAACAGACCUUUUCGGGCGCGGUCCGAAAUUUAAUAGGAAUAUUUGAGCUGAAAUCCACCAGCUACUGCAGAAUAACCGCGUAAUAUUUGAAAAUUGCCAACAGACAGCCAGUAGUAUAGAACAGUGUAAUCAUUUACCAUACUAACAACACAGGUAUUAGCUAAAGGCCCGUGGUAAAUAAUUGCAUAAUUAUAUACUACUGGACGAGUUAUUGCUGAGUACCAAGCCAAGCAAUAAUAAAAAUGAUGUCCCAAAAUGCUCAAGAAUAUCGUCCUCACACUCUCCUCCCUCUCCCAUACAUCGCUGGACUGUUUGAACAUUCCCGCUGACCACCGCAGCUUGACCAACGCGUGUCCGGAACCGAGUUUUGCACGUUUUGGAUCAGUGAAACCACUACAACCACCAUUUUGGGGUCGGUAGGUGGUAGCUACCAGCCGGUCCGACCACACUUAGUUGUUCUCUUCUCUCAUCACAAUAUCAUAGUCUGUUUCGAACUGUUCACGUUUUGCUUAUCGCACCAACAGAGAAUGUUGGUUUUAUCAAAAACGACUUUCUCACCAACCUUUACCCCUUCUAAAGGCAACUGGAAGAGCUGACUGCGCAGCGUUCCACCGAACUCAUGGAAACAGCUCACCAGUUGCGAGUGAAGCAGUCAGAACUGGGUGUACUGAGAGAAAACCUGGUCCAGACUCAGCAAGAACUAUUCACGGAGAAGAGUCGGAACCAGGUUCUCAAACCGAAAAGGGUGUGUGCACUUCUUUGCAUAUAUUUUUUCCUUUUUCGGACUCAGCAUCAAUGACAAUGACAUUCAGUACGUUGCCAGGCUCUCGAAACCCACCUAAAUUUGUCAGUUUGCGUAUGUGGAGGCAAAACGUUUGGCUUUUCGAUAUGGGUUUACGUCUCCGCCACCAUCACAGAUCUAUCUUGAUUGCAUACAGAACAUGAAGGAUUUGGUUCUUCAUUGAAGCCCCGGCUCCACAGACCAUCCAAAUGAGUGAAGGACUAGUUGAUCUCUGAGUCUGUUUUGCUGAGCGUAUGACGGCGCGGCCUACUGCCCAUUGGUGCCAUUUACGCCGCCCUUCCACCCCCACUUCAGCGGCCUGACUCACCGUGUGAUUGGCUCGACAUCGAUCUUGCCUCACGGCCGACUGCUUCCAGCCGGAGGGGGGCAAGCUGACUAAGUAGUCUGCGGUCAGACACGCCAAUCACCAUAUUCGUUGUGCUAAUUACACGGACGAGACUCUCAUUGGCUGACGACCGGGAAAGCGUGCCAAUAAUUGUAUUGGGGAGCGGUGCAGUUUGCAUGCGCAAUUUACCUUCUAGUUGUUCGUAACUGCGGGCAACCAGUAAAUAUCUACCACUAUCGCAAUUUGUCUGCUAGCUGACAAAUUAACCUGCAUUAAGUCACAGCGCCUGGAUCAAGGUGGUUAUAUUCAUCUGACCCAGGUUCGCAACAAAUCAGCACGGCACACAUAUGCGCUGGUUCAAAUCUCCCACACUUUUACGGUGAUGCAUCUAUCCUCCGGAAGAGGUGACUUCUGUAAGGUAGUCUGAAAGUUUAGGUCCACCGUCAAAUCCAUAGUAACAAAUACGAGCGGUCUUUGGUCAUAUGGUGCGUGUCUUCGGCGGAGAACUGUAUGUCAAUUUCCCACCAGGCAUUUUUCCAGUUAAAAAAUGACGCUGUUUUGCGUUCAGUUCGCAACCUUAAAACUGAACUUGUUUUGUGCCUCCACAUAACAUUUGCUUUGUAGAGAAGGGAUUACCGACAAAGAUCAGCCUUCCUUGACCUUGUCGGCAGACCCUUCUCUGCACGUACUGCGAGGGCUUUAGACUGAGUCCCAAGACACUGCGGAACGAACGUGUUCCGCAACCUGAUCGGUGAGCGUCUUUCUACCGUAUUUGUUUUGUCCAUGAGGCAAAUUUUGCGUAUGCCUCAGGCCUCCGUUUGGCUGCAUCAUUCUCUCACCAAAUGGUGUGCGCUGUACGAGUCAAGCCUGCGUGAACGCCGAGUUGCACUCGCACACAGUGAGCGAUUAUCAUUGGCUGUAAAUCUCUGGCCACUGAAGCAAACUGAAGGCGCCCAAUGGGCUCAGUGGUGAAUCCCUUGCAAUUCUGAUCUUAAAAUAUUGCUACUUAUUUUGUUACGGUAGCGGGUGAAGUAAUUUAUACAUUUUCAGAGUGGAUGACUAUAAGACAGCCUUAUCGGCCAAUGGAUAAGGCGAGAUGCAUAAUAGCGCCACCGGUACUUUUUGUCCAGCCAGGGGACUCUGAGCUUCGCCGUAUUAGCCUCUAUCACCACAGACUGCACACGUGAGAGGAAUCAUACGAACGAGGGUUUAUGUGGCUGUUAAUAUCAGGACGAUGCGGGUCAUUUAUGCUAAUUUGGGCCUGCAUGACGCACGCAUGACCAUGAAGGGAAGUCUGUAACGUGGCAACGGAUGUACUAAGAGAUUUGUUUAGAAAGCCAUGACAUCACAUUUACCUUCCCACUUGGUUGAAAUGCUUACCAUAGUGGAUAAUUGACUAGGAAGUAUCGAAGUCGUCAGCCGUCAGAAUUUACCCCAACUAACGUUGCCUAAAAAAAAAACAUAUAUCCGGCCGCAACGGUACGAUCCCUCUGAAUAUCUGAUUUCGGCACCAGCCCACAUGAGCAACGAUGCUAACUGCCUCGCAGGAGGACAUAGUUUUAACCGGCAGUACGUGCUCCCCGACUGAAAUGUUUUUCUAACCGGUUCUCAGACUUUGAAGUGUUACCUGACAUUUUCUCAUUUCUCCUCACUAGAAGGCAACCCAACCCUGCCAGAAAGUCUCCUCUCCCCUCUACUCCGCUGGACGAGAUAAAGGACAGGUACGUGAUACGCACUCCCUCCUCUUGUAAGUUUUUUUUCGGCUGCGGGUUGGGUCAGAUUAUUUUUUGUGCCUUGGCCCUAGUCAAGUCUGUGAAGCGAACGGUGAGCAGAGUCACGGAUGGUGACUUCAAUGACAUACCUGGUGGCAGACCACGGUUUACAGUAACGUCCGCUUCCUGACUUAAUUGGCAUCAUCAUCCAAGACCGUUGGCCAGCGACAUCUGAACUUUGUGUUGGGCCGCUUGUGUUAGCAUUUAAGGCCUCCCCGACCAUUCAACAGUCGGAAUACUGCAGAUCCGUAGUCAAACUUGUGUUGCUUUGCAACGUUGCUCGAGCAGUCUUUUCCACUUUAAGCUAUAUCGGCGAAUUUCGAUCCUUGUCGCAUGAAUUUCGCCGCAUAUUGCUCGGAAGGCGAGUUUGUCGCGGCAGCAUGAUACAUAAGCAGAACCUAAAUACGAGGACUUUCAAAUCAGGUCCCUAGUGGGAAGAGGAGCCAGUAGAGAGCGCGCUGUAUUUCGUGCAGAACGGGAAGAAUAAGCUGGAACGGUUUAGCAGCCAGACAAGAGACGCACGUCAACAUGGAUGGGGCAGGUGUCCACGUGUCUUCGACGAGAGCGUGACCUGGUCAGUCUCCAAGUUAACUGGUCGGUUUGGAGAGCUUUAAUGAACAGAACGUCAGACAGGGUCUCUCGGUUCUAGUGAUCGACCAGACACGGUUGAAGCAUCAUACAGCUCCUUGUAAUGUCUGCCUAACGACUGCCGUUGGUACUUACGUGCCAGACAGAGACGUAGUGACACAGCAGGCGCCCGAGGUAGGUUUGCUAAACCUUUGCACGUCUCGUUCAGCGCAGACAGAAUUUGCAUUCGAGGUCAAGGCCGAGCUUUAAUCCCCAUAUGAGCUUAAAUGUUAAAACCCCUACCAUAACAGAUCUCUUCUGACAUGUUUAAAAGAAUAAUUGGCUAGAUCGCAGUUGGUAGCCAGGCCCCGUAUUACAGGUGGCUGGGUGGUUUGUUUACUGGGGCUAUUUAGUGGGACUCCAUGAUUACAUCUGACCCAUUUGGCUUCCAUUUUACGUUUGAGUUUAGGAUUGGGGUACUGGUUAAUGAUUUUCGAUUUUCGGGUUACGGUUAGGGUUUGAGCGUACGAUUAGGGUUCAGUAUUACGGUUAGGUUUUCCAGUUACGGCUAUGUCUAAGGGCUGCGGUUAUAUCUACGAUUCCGGUUAGGGUUAAGGUUGCCGUUAGGGUUAACGGUUAACGUUUAAGGUAGAGGUUAGGUUUAGGAUCAGGGUUAGGGUCGCCGUCUGCUUCCCCAUUCCUGGCUACCAACUGCGAUCUAGCCGACUAAAUUUUUGUUAAUACUGUGUUUUUUCUAAGAAGAAUGAGUAAUUUUCAUCUGUUUUCCACCUCCGUAUUGCAGCAGCCUCUGCAAAACGCAAGAGACUCACUGUCGUCGUCCGAAACAGGACCUUAAAUGCAACCAUUGGGUCCACCGUAUGACCCGUGUCCACCGGGUGCUUUGUAAUUGAGGCGGCAUAAAUCCGUUCGAUUGUGCACCGAAGUCGUCGCUUUAUCACGUUUCGCACGCUAUUACCCUUGGAGAGGAGUUAGAUCGUCACUGGCUUUUCUGGUACUGAUAUUUCUUCUGGAAUUCCUUGUCUACGUAUAGAUAUCUAUAGAUAUAUAUUUUAUAGAUAUUCUAUAGAAUGUAGAUAUUCUAUAGACGAUAUGCGGAUAACAUUUUCAUCAUAGUCAAAAACCCAGGCGACAGGGAAGUACUGCUUAAGGCUCUAAACAAAGCGCAUGCAAAGAUCAAAUUAACGAUCGAGCAUGAGAAGAACGGCACAUUGUCUUUCCUGGAUAUUCUUGUAAGUAGGCGGGCAGAUGGCUCCAUACAGAGAUCCAUCUAUCGGAAAACCACCUGGAAAGGACAAAACCAUGCACUUCCUCAGUUUCGUUCCACUUCAGAGAAGGCUGAACUUGGUUUUGUGCCUGUUCAACAGAGCCACCAGAAUCUGUAUCUCAGAUACGAUUGAUGACGAACUCACUUUCCUAAAGAAUGUUUUUCUUGCAAACGGGUAUCCGGAGAAAUUCAUCUAUCAAUAUCGCCAUCCCAGGCAAGGAAUUCCUGAAGAAAUAUCUGUACCCAAAAAACCAGUGACGAUCUAACUCCCCUUCAAGGGCGAUAACGUGCGAAACGCGAUAAAGCGACGACUUCGGUGCACAAUCGAACGGACUUAUGCCGCCUCUAACUUGUUGUUCAGAAGCACUACAACGGCCAUUCCAGUUAGACCAGCUCAACACAUUUUGCCGAUGCACGCCAAAUCGAACUGUAUUUACGAGUUUACAUGUAGUUGCGGAUGCGAAUAUAUUGGGCGCACACGAAGGCAGUUGGUAGCUCGGUCAGCUGAACACAUGUCGAAAUGGCUGCGUAAGACGGAAAAUAAGGCACCCAGGAGGUCAAUUACAAACACCCAAUGGACACGGGUCAUACGGUGGACUAAAAGGUUGCAUUUAAGGUCCUGUUUCGGGCGACGACCGGGCGUCUCUUGCGCUUUGCAGAGGCUGCCGCAAUACAGAGGAGGAAACCAGAACUCUGGACACAGUUGGAUCCCGUGUUAAUUUUCAUUUAACGUUAGAUUUGGUGAAAUGGUCUUAGAUCUUUUGGAGCUUCGCGUCGAGCUCCCAACACUGACCUACUUUUGGGGCCCCAUUCUACAUGUGAGAUUUAAAAUAAUCACGUUAUCUGUGGGGAUGUGGGUAUUGGAUUUGACCAACCCGGUUUGGAUGAGAGAUUACAGUGGUUUGGAGUCACUCAUGACUCCCUCUUCCUAAUUUUUGAGGGCCUGAUUUGACCGACGUCUGCACAUUAAUGAUUUCCUCUUAUGUGACAUUUCAUGGGUUUUUUUACGUUACAGGCGAUCAGCAGCGGACCCUAG